AUGAGUGAGCACAACUCAAUGCCACCGCCUGAGGGCCCUGACCGCAGGCGGGGGUCUGUUUUUCGUCGGACAGGGAGCAAUGUCCAGACUGUGCAGGAGACAAUGAAGGAGAAACAGGCAAGGUACAAGGAGGCAAGAGAAGUGCGCAAAACCAAACUUACUCCAGCUCACAAGUACAUGUUUGAGAUCCUGGCAGACAGGCUUUCCCUUGAAGUAUCAGUGGUUGAAGAUUUUAUUCUGGACAGUUCAUCUUUGGAGCCAUUUGAUAAUUUUUUGGCCAAAGGAGGAAGCAAAACCAUUUCAUUUGUGUACCAGGAAGCAGAAAUUCCUGGAAUAGAAUGUGGACGUUCAUUCCCUGGAACAGCAAAGGGAUCCAAAAUAAUGCGGUUGAUGUUAGCCAACUUGUCAGAUACUUGCCUUACAGGACUUUGCCUGUUUUUUGUCCGUACUAAAGUUGAUGCUGUCAUUAAUCCAAAAAACAUACAUGAGGAGAUAUACUUUUCCAUGCUUGAUGCUCGAGAGGGUCUACUGAAGGGAACUAGAAACCUGCUGUCCAAAGUCCUGAUGCCUGCUGUGAGUGCCACAGACAACUGGGGAGUUCUUAACGCAUCAAAACAUGGAGAGAAGGAUAAACAGAACUUCAAAGAUACCAUAUCACGUUAUGUUAGCUUUUUGGAUGGGAUCCAGGUGAGCAUUGAGGGGGCUGUUCACUUGAAGGAAGCAACACACAUCGAUUUUUCCAAACUCAUCGCCUUUGAGGGCAUUAAAGCAGCUGCUGCAGAUGUGGAUAUGGUGCACCAACUAGAGGAAGUUUUGAUGAUGUGGUAUAAGGAGAUUGAACAGGUCCUCACUGAGAGUGAUCAGAUGAGGAAAGAGGCUGACGCCUCUGGACCCCUCACUGAACUGGAGCACUGGAAGAGGAUGUCUGCAAAGUUCAACUCCAUUAUUGAGCACAUCAAGAGCCCUGAGUGCAAAGCAGUCAUCAAUGUGCUCAACAUCAGCCGUUCUAAAACACUGAAGUUGUGGAAAGAGUUAGAUGCCAGAAUAACAGACUGCGCUAAUGAAGCCAAAGACAAUGUUAAAUUCCUAUAUACACUGGAGAAGGUCUGCCAACCUCUCUACAACAGUGAUCCUGUUACUAUGGCGAAAAGCAUUCAGAACCUUAUCAAUGCCAUCAGGAUGAUCCACAGCGUGUCACGUUAUUAUAAUACUUCUAAGAGAAUGACCUCUCUCUUCAUCAAAGUUACGAAUCAAAUGGUAACAGCCUGUAGAGCCUACAUCACAGAUAACGGCUCUAGUCGGAUUUGGGACCAGGACACUCAAGACAUCAUAAAAAAGAUUGAGGAUUGUAUUUACUUGUUCAAGGAGUAUCAGUCCUGCUUCCAUAAGACAAAGAAACAAACACUUGAAAGGCCUGGUGAAAAACCUUUUGAUGUUUCAGAGAUGUACAUUUUUGGAAAGUUUGAAGGAUUUUGCAAACGGCUUGAGAAGAUAAAACAGAUGAUAACUGCUAUCAGAACAUUUUCUGUCCUCAGUAGAUCCACCAUCGAAGGAAUUGACGCAAUAUCGGCAAAGUUUCAAAAUAUAUAUUUUACCAUGAAGAAGAAGCAAUAUGAUUUCCUGGCACCUCGGAAAGCUGAAUUUGAAGUCGACUUUGCAGAAUUCAUAACACAGAUCAGCAACCUUGAGAACCAGCUACAAGUUUUCAUGAACUCCUGCUUCUCAAAGAUCCUGUCAUCUCAACAGGCUUUACGUCUUUUACAAAGGUUUCAGAAAUUAAAUAUGCCCUGUUUGCAAGCUGAAAUCUCCAACACAGUGGCACUUAUUCUUCAGCACUAUGUCUCAGAACUGGAGUCUGUCAGAAAGCUGUAUCAAGCCCAUAGGGAGGACCCUCCAGUGGCCAGGAACAUGCCUCCUAUUGCUGGGAAAAUCCUCUGGGUUAAGCAGUUGUUCAGGAGGAUACAAGAACCCAUUCAGUACAUAGAGCAAAAUUCUGAUAUUUUGUCCACUCCAGAGGGUAAGGAUGUGAUUAAGAUGUACAACAGAACAGCUGCAGUACUCGUGGAGUUUGAGAUUUUGUACCACAGGGCCUGGAUGAGGGACAUUUCCCAGCUACAGUAUGCUCUGCAAGCUACAUUACUAGUAAUGCAUCCUGAUACCGGAAAGCUGUUGGUGAACUUUGACCCAAAGAUUUCUGAGAUUAUUCGUGAAACAAAGUGCAUGUUGAAGAUGGGCAUGGAAGUUCCUGAGCAGGCGCUAAACCUGGUGAAGAAUGAGACGUCCAUGACAGCCAGCCGUCUUCGCCUGGAGACUUUCCUGAGCAACUACGAGGAACUCCUGAAGAAGAUUCCUCCUGUUUUCUACAAUCUGAUGUCUUCAAAGAUAAAAAAUGUGGAUUCUGUGCUCCGUCAUGGCUUGGUGCUGCUAAACUGGUCUUCUCUGAUCUUGGAUAAAUUCUUCACCAAUAUUGACAAAGCAAUGUCAGAGCUGAGUCAUCUUCUGAAGAAGGUGAGGGACAUUUGUGAGAUGCAGAUUGAUGCUGUGCUCCAGGACCUCUCAGAGACCACACUCAUCAAACUUCACGAUGACAGACCGUCUUCCCUGCAAGAUCUCGUUUCAGUCAAUGAGAGUCAGUGCAAACAGUGGGCGGACAUUUUGGACCAUAAGAGCAGGCAUGUAGAAGAGGCUGUGAGGGAACUCAUUGACAUUUUUAGCACCAUCUAUGUGUCUAAAGACACCAAGGAAUGCCAGGAGAUGUUCACCUUCUUCAGUGCCAAGCUGCUGGAUGCUUUAGUCAAAGCCACACAAUUAUCCUUGGACACCCUCAAGAGGAGAAUCUUUGUCUCCAACACACCCGCUGAAUCACGGUCAGAGGAGCUGGUCACUUUCAUCAAGUCAGAGGUCCAUCUCACGAUUCCUAAUGUCGUAAUGGUCCCCAGUCUGGACGACAUCCAGCAGGCCAUUAACCGCCUCGUGCACCUCGUCCUGGAGGUGAGCCGCGGCGUGUCACGCUGGCGACAGUUACGGCCCACUGACAGCACCCCCACAUCUGGUUCAGUUGUUACUGUGCCAGACAAGGCCACCCAGUGUGCAACACUGACCCUAACUGACCCUAUUGCUCACGUUGGCUCUCUUGCAGACCUGAGAGUGAUGAAUUAUUACCAGAGUGUGGCCGAGCACAAGGACAUCUGCAAGCUCGUGGUGCUGCUCACCUCGGCAGUGAACUCACUGAGGAAGCAGACUAGCGAUGUGCUCAAACAGUUCCAGCCUUUCAAAGUGGUGUGGGCUCAGGACAGGGAUGUCAAGGUUAAGGAGUUCAUGGACAGUAACCCAUAUCUAACUCAAAUCAGGUCUGAAAUCUUGCACUAUGUGUCAUUUGAGCAAGAGAUAGAGGACAUCAAGCCUAUUAUCAUCUUAGGAUCAAUUGAGCUGUCCACUGCACCUCUCAAAAUGUCCCUGAUGGUUGAGGCCAAGGCCUGGAAGAAACUGCUGUGCAAGUACUUGAAUGAGAAGUACAAGAAGCAGAUGAUGGACAUCAUGAGCUUCACCAGUGAGCACCUGAAGAAGCUCUCCCGGCCCAUUGCUGACCUAGAGGAUGUACGCUUUGCCAUGGAGGCUCUAGCCAACAUCCGUGACUCUGAGAUCCAGAUUGACAUGGCUCUGGGACCCAUAGAGGAGGCGUAUAGCAUUCUGUCCCGCUUUGAGGUGGAGGUCACCAAGGAAGAGGCGGAGGGUGUGGACACACUCAGAUACUCCUUCAUCAGACUGCAGUCCAAAGCGGUCAGUGUACAGGAUGAAUUGGUACAUGUGCAGCCCAAGUUCAAAGAGAACCUCCUAUCAUCUGUUACCAUAUUUAAACAUGAUGUUGGGAUGUUUGCUGAGCAAUAUGACACGGAAGGACCUAUGGUGUCAGGAAUCGCUCCACAGGAAGCCAGUACUAGGCUACAGAUCAGCCAGGCCUGGUUUGAUGAUCUCUGGAGGAAGUUCAUCACUUACUCCUCAGGAGAACAGCUGUUCGGUCUGGCGGUUACAGACUAUGAGGCUCUACAGAAAAUCCGCAAGGAGCUGGGUCUUCUCCAGAAGCUGUAUGGUCUGUAUGAUGCCGUCAUGAGCAAGAUUAGUGGCUAUUACGACAUUCUUUGGACCGAAGUGGACAUUGAGAAGAUCAAUAAUGAACUUUUGGAGUUCCAGAACAGAUGUCGUAAGCUGCCCAAAGGCCUGAAGGACUGGCAGGCUUUCUUGGACCUGAAGAAACGCAUUGAUGACUUCAGUGAGUCCUGUCCCCUUCUGGAGAUGAUGGCGAACAAGGCAAUGAAGCUGAGGCACUGGGACCGCAUCACCAACCUGACCGGACAUAAGUUCGAUAUAGAGGCGGAUACCUUCUCCCUGCAGAAUAUCAUGGAGGCACCAUUGCUUAAACACAAAGAGGACAUUGAGGACAUCUGCAUCUCAGCUGUGAAGGAGAAGGACAUUGAGGCCAAGCUGGCACAGGUGGUCGACAUCUGGUCCAGCCAAAUAUUUAGCUUCAUGACCUUCAAGGGCCGUGGAGAGCUCAUGCUUCGUGGGGUUGAGACUGCUGAGAUUGUCACCACCAUGGAGGACAGUCUCAUGUUGCUGGGGUCCCUCCUCAGCAACAGAUACAAUGCUCCUUUCAAGAAAGACAUCCAGAACUGGGUGUUUAAGUUGUCGACGUCGUCUGAUAUCAUUGAACAGUGGCUCGCCGUUCAGAACCUGUGGGUUUAUUUGGAAGCUGUGUUUGUGGGAGGAGAUAUUGCCAAACAGUUGCCACAGGAAGCUAAGCGUUUCCAGAACAUCGACAAGUCCUGGAUUAAGAUCAUGCAGCGCGCUCACGACAUCCCCAACGUGGUGCAGUGCUGCGUGGGGGACGAGACCAUGGGUCAGCUGCUACCCCACCUGCAGGAGCAGCUCGAGCUGUGCCAGAAGUCUCUGACCGGUUACCUUGAGAAAAAACGUCUCCAGUUUCCACGCUUCUUCUUUGUGUCUGAUCCUUCCCUUCUUGAGAUCUUGGGACAGGCCAGUGAUUCCCACACUAUCCAGUCUCAUCUCCUGGGAGUGUUCGACAAUGUCAACGAAGUCGAAUUCCAUGCCAAGGACUAUGACAAGAUUAUGGCCGUCAUCUCACAGGAAGGAGAAAAAGUGCCUCUGGACAACCCAGUGAUGGCCCGUGGGCCUGUGGAGCUGUGGCUAGGUGAACUACUGAUGCAACAGCAGUCCUCCCUGCACUCGGUCAUAAAAGCAGCAGACCUUCAGAUCAAUGACCCCAGCUUCCAGCUGCUCAAUUUCCUCAAUCAGUUCCAAGCUCAGGUGGGCCUUCUGGGCAUCCAGAUGCUCUGGACCCGAGACUCCGAGGAGGCGCUGCGCAACGCCAAAGACGACAAGAAGAUCAUGCCGCUGACCAACCAGAAGUUCCUGGACCUGCUCAACACACUCAUCUCACAGACCACUCAUGACCUGACCAAGUUUGACCGCGUGAAGUUUGAGACCUUGGUGACAAUCCAUGUCCACCAAAGAGACAUCUUUGACGAUCUGGUGAAAAUGCACAUCAAGUCAGUGAGCGAUUUUGAGUGGCUGAAACAGAGCAGGUUUUACUUCAAAGAGGACGUGGACCAUGUCUUGGUGUCCAUCACAGACGUGGACUUCAUCUAUCAGAAUGAGUUCUUGGGCUGCACAGACCGUCUGGUCAUCACCCCUCUGACUGACAGGUGUUACAUCACGCUGUCCCAGGCCCUGGGCAUGAGUAUGGGCGGAGCACCGGCGGGACCCGCUGGGACGGGGAAGACGGAGACCACCAAAGACAUGGGCCGCUGCCUGGGGAAGUACGUGGUGGUCUUCAACUGCUCAGACCAAAUGGACUUCAGAGGCCUGGGCAGAAUCUAUAAAGGGCUGGCGCAGUCUGGGUCCUGGGGAUGCUUUGACGAGUUCAACAGAAUUGACCUGCCUGUGCUGUCGGUAGCAGCCCAGCAGAUCUACAUUGUCCUGACUUCUCGCAAAGAGCGUAAAACUCAGUUCAUUUUCACUGAUGGAGACAGUGUGGAUCUUAAUCCAGAAUUUGGUCUCUUCAUUACUAUGAAUCCUGGCUAUGCAGGUCGUCAAGAACUUCCAGAGAAUUUGAAGGUGCAGUUCAGGACUGUGUCCAUGAUGGUCCCAGACAGACAGAUUAUUAUGAGGGUGAAGUUGGCCAGUUGUGGGUUUAUAGAGAAUGUCAUCUUGGCCCAGAAAUUCUUCGUGCUCUAUAAGCUUUGUGAGGAGCAGCUCACAAAACAGGUCCACUAUGACUUUGGUCUGAGGAACAUCCUGUCGGUGCUGAGGACUCUGGGAGCUCAGAAGAGAGCCCGGCCCCAGGAGACCGAGUCCAGCAUCGUCAUGAGAGUGCUCCGAGACAUGAACCUUUCAAAACUGGUGGAUGAGGACGAGCCGCUCUUCCUCAGCUUGAUCAGCGACCUGUUCCCAGGCAUCCAGCUGGACAGCAGCACCUAUGUUGAGCUGCAGGCCGCCGUGGAGACCCAGGUGCACCAGGCAGGCAUCGUCAACCACCCGCCCUGGAACCUCAAACUGGUGCAGCUGUACGAAGCUUCGCGUGUCCGUCACGGUCUGAUGACCCUGGGCCCCAGUGGGGCAGGCAAGACCAUGGUCAUUAACAUCUUGAUGCGAGCCUUGUCGGACUGUGGCACCCCUCACAGAGAGAUGAGGAUGAACCCCAAAGCCAUCACUGCCCCUCAGAUGUUUGGACGUCUGGACGCCGCCACCAAUGACUGGACAGAUGGCAUCUUCUCCACACUGUGGAGGAAGACUCUGAAAGCUAAGAAGGGUGAGAACAUUUGGAUAGUUCUGGAUGGCCCUGUGGACGCCAUUUGGAUUGAGAACUUGAACUCUGUGCUGGACGACAACAAGACUCUCACGCUGGCCAACGGCGACCGCAUCACCAUGUCCCCCUGCUGCAAGCUGGUGUUCGAGGUGCACAACAUGGACAACGCCUCCCCAGCCACCGUCUCCAGAGUGGGCAUGGUGUUCAUGAGCUCCUCGGCCCUCAGCUGGAGGCCCAUCCUACAGGGGUGGGCUUUUAAGCGCAGUGCCCAAGAAGCUGACACCCUGAUCGGUUUGUAUGACCAAGUGUUUGAGGAUGCGCAUGUCUUUAUAAAGCAAAACCUCAAACCCAAAAUGGACCUGUUGGAGUGCAACUACAUCAUGCAGUCACUGAAUCUGCUGGAGGGCCUGAUCCCCACCAAGGAGUCGGGCGGUGUAUUGAGCGCGAAGCACCUGGGCCGGCUCUUUGUGUUCUGCCUGAUGUGGAGCCUGGGUGCCCUGCUGGAGCUGGACGGCCGUAACCGCCUGGAGACCUUCCUGCGCGAGCACGACAGCAAGAUCGACAUGCCGCCCACCAAGCCCGGAGAGACCAUCUUUGAGUACAUGGUCAACCAGAGCGGUGAGUGGGAUCACUGGAUGUCAUAUGUGGUGGAGUUCGUUUACCCAACGGACUGCGUCCCUGACUACUCCUCUAUCCUCGUGCCCAACGUGGACAACACACGCACCAACUUCCUCAUCGAAACCAUCGCAAAGCAGCACAAGGCUGUUCUGCUCAUUGGUGAACAAGGAACUGCCAAGACAGUCAUGAUUAAAGGCUACACAAAGAGAUACGACCCAGAGACUGACCUGUUCAAGUCCAUGAACUUCUCCUCUGCCACUGAGCCUGUGAUGUUCCAGCGCACAGUGGAGAGCUACAUUGAGAAGCGCAUGGGCAGCACGUAUGGCCCUCCCGGUGGACGAAGGAUGACCAUCUUUGUGGAUGACAUCAACAUGCCUGUUGUCAACGAGUGGGGAGAUCAGAUUACCAAUGAGAUUGUGCGUCAGAUGAUGGAGAUGACGGGCAUGUACAGCCUGGACAAACCUGGAGACUUCACCACCAUUGUGGACGUGCAGAUUAUGGCUGCCAUGAUCCACCCCGGAGGUGGCCGCAACGACAUCCCCCAGCGACUCAAGAGACAGUUCAGCGUCUUCAACUGCACACUCCCUGCCAACAACUCUAUUGACAAGAUCUUUGGAAUUAUUGGUUCUGGAUACUUCCAUGAAUGCAGAAAUUUCAAGCCAGAUGUCACAAAUAUUAUCCCCUCUCUAGUGUCUGCCGCUAGGAUUGUGUGGCAGAUGACUAAGGUGAAAAUGUUGCCCACCCCAUCAAAGUUUCACUACUUCUUCAACCUGCGAGACCUGUCUCGAAUCUGGCAAGGCAUGCUCAACAUCCACGCUGAGGAGUGUGAAGACGUCACUACUCUGCUGGCUCUCUUUAAGUGUGAAUGCACACGGGUGAUUGCAGACAGGUUUGUGUGCCAUGAAGACAAGGUGUGGUAUGAUAAGGCCAUAACGCAAGUGAUCCAGGAAAACGUGGAUGCCAACCUGGUGGCACAGAUCCACCCUGACCCAUACUUUGUGGACUUCCUGCGAGACGCACCUGAGCCCACAGGUGACGAGGGAGAUGACGUCAGUCUAGACGCACCCAAGAUUUAUGAGCUGGUUCCAACUUUUGAGUUCCUGUCUGAAAAGCUCCAGUUCUACCAGACCCAGUAUAACGAGGCAGUCCGAGGCACCAGCCUUGACCUGGUGUUCUUCACCGAUGCAAUGACUCACCUCAUCAAGAUCUCGCGCAUCAUAAGGACCGAUUGUGGAAGUGCUCUGCUGGUUGGAGUUGGAGGCUCUGGGAAGCAGAGUCUCACUCGCCUGGCCUCCUUCGUCGCUGGCUACAAAAUCUUCCAGAUCACUCUAACCAGAUCCUACAAUGCCACCAAUCUGAUGGAUGACCUGAAGGUGCUGUACAGAACAGCAGGUGCUGAGGGGAAAGGCAUCACCUUCAUCUUCACAGAUAACGAGAUCAAGGACGAGGCUUUCCUGGAGUACCUCAACAACGUCCUCUCGUCUGGAGAGGUGUCCAAUCUCUUUGCCCGUGAUGAGUUGGACGAGAUCACGCAGAACCUCAUCGCUGUGAUGAAGAAGGAGCUGCCCAAGCAGCCGCCAACCUUUGACAACCUCUACGACUACUUCAUCUCCAGAGUCAGGAAGAACCUCCACGUGGUCCUGUGCUUCUCCCCGGUGGGUGAGAAGUUCCGCGGGCGCUCGCUCAAGUUCCCCGGGCUCAUCUCUGGCUGCACCAUGGACUGGUUCACGCCGUGGCCCAGCGAGGCCCUGGUGGCCGUCUCCCACUACUUCAUGGCCGAGUUCCCCAUGGUCUGCUCCCCUGAGGUCAAGGCCGCCGUGGUCAAGACAAUGGGCAUCUACCACGACAAGGUGUCUGAGACCUGCGACAGCUACUUUGAGAGAUUCCGACGAAGGACUCAUGUUACACCCAAAUCCUACCUGUCCUUCGUUAAUGGGUAUAAGACUCUCUAUGCAGAGAAGCACUCGUACAUCAACACUCUGGCUGAACGCAUGAAUGUCGGUCUGUCUAAACUUAUGGAGGCCAGCGAGUCAGUGGCACAGCUAUCUAAAGACCUGGUGGUGAAGGAGAAAGAGUUAGCAAUUGCCUCGGUCAAGGCAGACAAGGUGUUGGCAGAGGUGACUGUGAGUGCCGAGGCGGCCUCUGUGGUGAAGAACGCGGUGCAGCUGGUGAAGGACAAGGCCCUGAAGAUCGUGGAGGGGAUUGAGAAGGAGAAAGCGUUUGCAGAGGUCAAACUGGCAGCUGCCAAGCCUGCCUUGGAGGAGGCCGAAAAUGCCCUGAAUACCAUCAAACCUGCAGAUAUCGCCACGGUGAGGAAGCUGGCCAAGCCUCCCCACCUCAUCAUGCGCAUCAUGGACUGCUGCCUGCUGCUCUUCCGGAAGAGGGUGGACACCAUCACCAUGGACCCCGACAGACCCUGCCAUAAGCCCUCGUGGGGGGAGGCUCUGAAGCUCAUGAGUGCCAGUGGUUUCAUGGCAUCGCUCCAGCAGUUCCCCAAAGACACCAUUAACGAAGAGAUGGUGGAGCUGCUGACUCCCUACUUUGACAUGGAAGACUACACCUUGGAGAACGCCAAGAAGGUCUGCGGUAACGUGGCCGGUCUACUGGCCUGGACCAAGGCCAUGGCCACCUUCUUUGGCAUUAACAAGGAGGUGCUGCCCUUAAAGGCUAACCUGGUGAUCCAGGAGGGCAGGCUGACUGUGGCCAAUGCGGAGUUGGCCUCAGCCCAGGCCCAGCUGGAUGAGAAGCAGGCUGAGCUGGACAAAGUGCAGGCCAAAUUUGAUGCUGCUAUGAAGGAGAAGCAGGAUCUGGUGGAAGGUGCGGCCAUGUGCAGGAAUAAGAUGCAGGCGGCCUCCGCCCUGAUCGACGGGCUGAGUGGAGAGAGGAUCCGCUGGACAGAGCAGAGCAAAGAGUUUAAGUCACAGAUCAACAGGCUGGUGGGAGAUGUUCUGCAGCUCACAGGCUUCCUGUCUUACUGCGGCCCCUUCAACCAGAGCUUCCGUGACAUGCUGCUGAAGGACAUCUGGAAGGGCCAGCUCGUCAAGAGGAAGAUUCCCUACACUGAGAACCUCAACCUGAUCUCCAUGCUGGUGGACCAGCCCACAAUCAGUGAGUGGAAUCUGCAGGGGUUGCCAGGAGAUGACCUGUCUGUCCAGAACGGCAUCAUUGUCACCAAGGCUGCCAGAUUCCCCUUGCUCGUGGACCCCCAGACUCAGGGCAAGGCUUGGAUCAAACAGAAGGAGAAAGCCAACGACUUGCAGGUGACGUCUCUGAACCACAAGUUCUUCCGCACCCACCUGGAGGACAGCUUGUCCCUUGGCAAGCCUCUGCUCAUAGAGGAUGUGCGUGAGGAGCUGGACCCUGCUCUGGACAAUGUGCUGGAGAAGAACUUCAUCAAAUCUGGCUCCACUUUGAAGGUUAAAGUAGGAGACAAGGAGACAGACGUCAUGGAUGGCUUCAGGCUGUACAUCACCACCAAGUUGCCCAACCCAGCCUACACCCCAGAGAUCAGUGCCAAGACGUCCAUCAUCGACUUCACCGUCACCAUGAAGGGCUUGGAGAACCAGUUGCUGGGUCGCGUCAUCCUCACCGAGAAAUAUGAACUAGAGGCAGAGAGGUUGAAGCUCAUGGAGGAUGUGACAGCCAACAAGAGGAAGAUGAAGGAGCUUGAGGAUAACCUGCUGUACAAACUAAGUAGCACGAAAGGUUCUCUGGUGGAUGACGAGUCCAUGAUUGGCAUCUUGAGCGUCACCAAGCAGACGGCCGCAGAAGUGAGUGAGAAACUGCACGUCGCCGCGGAGACGGAGGUGAAGAUCAACACGGCGCAGGAGGAGUACCGGCCGGCCGCGUCCCGUGGCAGCAUCCUCUACUUCCUCAUCACAGAGAUGAGCAUGGUCAACGUCAUGUACCAGACCUCCCUGGCUCAGUUCCUCAAGAUCUUCGAUCUCUCCAUGGCCAGGUCAGAGAAGUCUCUUCUGACUCAGAAGCGAAUCUCCAACAUCAUUGAGUACCUGACCUUUGAGGUGUUCCGCUACACAGUGCGCGGGCUCUACGAGAACCACAAGUUCAUCUUCACGCUGCUGCUAGCGCUCAAGAUAGACCUGCAGAAAGGCUGCCUCUAUCAUAAUGAGUUCCAGACACUCAUCAAAGGUGGAGCUGCCUUGGAUCUGAAGGCCUGUCCAGCCAAGCCAUUCCGUUGGAUCCUGGACAUGACUUGGCUCAAUCUGGUCGAGCUCAGCAAGUUGCCUCAGUUCACCGAGAUCAUGAACCAGGUGUCGCGGAAUGAGAAGGGCUGGAAGUUGUGGUUUGAUCUAGACUCGCCAGAGGAAGGGACGAUUCCUGAUGGCUACAACGACUCUCUGGAUGUCUUCCACAGGCUGUUGCUGAUCAGGUCCUGGUGCCCAGAUCGCACCAUCUCCCAAGCCAGGAAGUAUGUGGGUGACUCCAUGGGCAUGCGCUUCGCUGAGCCCGUCAUCCUCAACCUGGAGGCCACCUGGGAGGAGAGUGACACGCGCACGCCUCUCAUCUGCUUCCUGUCCAUGGGCUCAGACCCCACCAAUCAGAUCGAGGCACUGGCCAAGAAGCUGCGUCUGGAAUGCAGGGCCAUAUCCAUGGGACAGGGACAGGAGGUGCAUGCUAGAAGGCUUAUACAGACAUCCAUGGCACAGGGAGGUUGGGUGUUGUUGCAGAAUUGCCAUCUAGGGCUUGAGUUCAUGGAGGAGCUGCUGGAGACGGUGACCACUGUGGAGAGCAUGCACGACUCGUUCCGUGUGUGGAUCACCACGGAGCCACAUGGCCGCUUCUCCAUCACCCUGCUGCAGUCCUCCAUCAAGUUCACCAACGACCCGCCCCAGGGUGUGCGUGCCGGCCUGAAGCGCACGUUUGCCAGCAUCUCUCAGGACCAGCUGGACGUCAGCAACCUGCCCAUGUGGAAGCCCCUGCUGUAUGGCGUGGCCUUCCUGCACACCGUCGUCCAGGAGCGGCGUAAGUUUGGACCUCUGGGUUGGAACAUUCCCUACGAGUUCAACUCUGCUGACUUCACAGCCAGCGUCCAGUUUGUGCAGAACCACCUGGACGAGUGCAGCCCCAAGAAGGGCGUGUCAUGGGUAACCAUCCGCUACAUGCUGGGAGAGGUGCAGUAUGGAGGAAGAGUCACUGACGACUACGACAAGAGGCUCCUCAACUGCUUUGCAAGGGUGUGGUUCACGGAUAAGAUCUUUGACCCGGUGUUCGCCUACUACACGGGCUACAAGAUCCCGGUGUGCAAGGCCCUGGAGCAGUACAUGGAGUACAUCCAGACCCUGCCCGCGGUGGACUCUCCGCAGGUGUUUGGGCUGCACCCCAAUGCUGACAUCACCUACCAGACCAACACUUCCGCAGAGGUGCUGGACACCAUCACCAACAUCCAGCCCAAGGAGAGUGGUGGAGGGUCCGGGGAGACCAGGGAGUCCAUCGUCUACCGGCUGGCAUCCGACAUGCUGGAGAAGCUGCCACCCAACUACGUGCCCCACGAGGUGAGAGCGCGGCUGGUGAAGAUGGGCGCUCUGAACUCCAUGAACAUCUUCCUGCGUCAGGAGGUGGACCGAAUGAACAGGAUCAUCGUUGUGGUGCGCACCAGUCUAAACGACCUCAAGCUGGCCAUCGAAGGGACCAUCAUCAUGAGCGAGAACCUGAGAGAUGCUCUGGACAACAUGUAUGACGCGCGCGUGCCCAACCUGUGGAAGAAGCUGUCCUGGGACUCGUCCACUCUGGGCUUCUGGUUCACAGAGCUGCUCGAGAGGAACAUCCAGUUCCACAGCUGGGUGUUUGAGGGGCGACCCAAAACCUUUUGGAUGACCGGCUUCUUCAACCCCCAGGGUUUCCUGACUGCCAUGAGGCAGGAAGUGACCCGUGCUCACAAAGGCUGGGCGUUGGACACGGUCACUCUGCACAACGAGGUGUUGAAGCAGACCAGGGAGGAGAUCACCUCUGCACCUGCCGAGGGUGUCUACGUGUACGGCCUGUUCCUCGAUGGCGCCGGGUGGGACCGCAGAAACUGCCGUCUGAUCGAGGCCACGCCCAAAGUGCUCUUCACUCCGCUGCCCGUGGUGCACAUGUUUGCCAUCAACUCCACUGCCCCCAAAGACCCCAAGCUCUACAUCUGCCCCGUCUACAAGAAGCCCCGCCGCACUGACCAAACCUACAUCACCGGCGUCGUGCUGCGCACCACACAGCCCCCAGAGCACUGGAUACUGCGCGGAGUGGCCCUGCUCUGCGACAUCAAAUAAACAUGCACACUCAGCAGGGCACCCGGCUAGCGCUCUUCUGAUCUAUAUAAUAUGUUCUCCUAUUAACGUCCUUUGGAAUAAAAGAUGAAUAAAUCAA